AUGAGGAAACUUUGGAGUAUUACCUUUUGUUUAUCUAUUUUUAAUUUAUAUAUAUAUGAAAAUAACGCCACAUGUAAAGAAAUUGCGAAACAGAAAAAAUCUAAUUUAAGAAAUGGCUUGCCAAAUAAUAAUUUUCAUUUGCAAUAUGAAGAAAAGAAUACAGUGAAUGAAGAAGACAGUUUUAUAAUUAAUACAAGUGGAGGUUACUCUGAUAUAAUAAAGCAAGAAACAGAAAAAAAAAAAGAAGAGUCAGAACUACAAGUACAAGCACGUGCUCAAAAUGAACUGUCCGAACAAGCAGAGGAGGUAGUAACACAAAUUAAAAAUGAAGUAGUUGAUACAGAAAAAGAGAAGGCAGUAAAAGAAGCGGAACAAUUAGCAAAAGAAACGGAAGCAAUAGUAGAAGAGGUGAAAAAAGUAGGAUUAAAAAACGAAGACAAGGAAAAAGAAAAAGCAAAAGUUGAGGUUGAAAGUUCAAAAGAAGAAACCAAAAGUGCAUCAGCGGAAGUAGCAAAAAGAGCGAAAGAAGCAACUUCAGAAGAAGAGGCAAAUACUGCAAAAAGGGCAGUAGAAAAUGAAGUAGAGAAAGCCGAAAUGGCAAAAGCUGAAACAGAAGUAGCAUCUAAAAAGAUAAACGAAAAAAGUCUACAAACACUCGGAGGAAGCAUGGAAAAGACAGAUCACGAAAGAAAAAUCGAAAAUUCAGCAGUUGAUACAGAAAAAGAGAAGGUCGUAAAAGAAGCAGAAAAUUUAGCACAAGAAGCGGCACAACUAUUAGAAGAAGUGGAAGCAAUUGCAGAAGAAGUGAGAAAGGAAAAAAUAAAUAGCGGAGAUAAGGAAAAAGAAGAAGCAAAAGUUGAGGUUGAAAGUUCAAAAGAAGAUAUCAAAAGAGCUGCAAAAGAAGCAUUAGAAGCAGCAAAAAGAGCGAAAGAAGCAACUUCAGAAGAAGAGGCAAAAACUGCAAAAGAGACAGCACAACAUGGAGUAGAGAAAGCCAAAAAGUCAAAAGAACAAGCAGAACAAGCAGCAAAAAAUAUAAACGAAAAAAUUAUAGAAACAUCUAAAAUAAAGGUGGAAAAAGCAAGGCAAGAAAGACAAAAUGGAAAUUCAUUGGAUGCUGCAGAAAAAGAAAAAGCAGUAAAAGAAGCAGAAAAAUUAGCACAAGUCGCGGCAAAUUUAUCAGAAGAAACAGCAGCAAUAGCAGAAGAAGUAGAAAAGGCAGUAGUAAAUAGGGAUGAGGAAGAAAAAUUAAAAGCAAAAAUUGAAGCUGAAAGUUCAAAAGAAAAAGCUAAAGCAGCAGCAGAGGACGCCGUAGAAGCAGCAAAAAGAGUGAAAGCAGCGAAUUCAGAGGAAGAGGUAAAAACUGAAAAAAAGGCAGCAGAACUUGCAGUAGAGAAAGCCAAAACGGCAAAAGCUCAAGCAGUAGAAGCAGCAAAAAAGAUAGACGAAAAUAUUCUAGAAACAUCUAGAAUAAAAAUGGAAAAAGUAAGGGAAGAGAGAGAAAAGCGAGAAAGAGCGAAUGAAACAAAAGAAAUAGCAAAUACACAAAAACAAGUUGUACUAGAACUAAUAAAUAACUCUUCAAAAGAGAAUGGCAAUGUAGUCGAUAUGGAUGAACAAGUAAAAGAGGAGAAUGAUGAGGAGAGUGAAGAAGAUGAAGAAAUUAAGCAGGAAAUAGCCCAAGAAGAAAGGGAAGAAGAAGGGGAGGAGAAAAAAGAAGAUGAAGAAGAAGUAGAAGAAGAAGAAGUAGAAGAAGAAGAAGAAGAAGAAGAAGAAGAAGAACCACAAGAAGAUAAUAAAGGUCAACAAGAAAGCGAAAAAGGUAAUGUUCCAUCAAAUGAUAUAAACGCUCAUAAAUCACUUUCAGGAGAUUACAGAAAUAAUGAUGAUGUUAAAAAAGCUGCUGAGGAAUUAUUUCAAAUGAUGAUUAAGGUAGUUGACGAUGACUUUUCUACUAUUGAUACACUCAAAAAUUUAAAGCAAGAUAUGCAUCAAUUUUUUCAAAAUUAUAUAACUACUUAA